AUGAAUGAAUCAUCCUUUGAGCCAUUUUAGAAUCUUGCAGCACCUACAAAAUCUCUCUCCAACGAAUUCCAACUAUUUAGAGAAUAAAAUUAUGUUCUUAAUCAAAUACCUCAAGAUUAGAUAUCUUCAGUGGAAAGUAAUUUGCAGUUAGAAAAGCAGCAAUGUUCAUCUCAGCAAUACAUUUUUGAGACCUCACCUUUUAUCAGUAACUUGUACAAGUCUAUUGAUGAGCAAAAAUUUAAAACAAUCAUCAAUUGGUCUGAUAACGGCGGACACUACUUCGUAAUUUAUUCAAUGGAGAAAUUUAAGCAGUUAGUACUUCCGAUUUACUUUACAACUACCUCCUACUCAACUUUUGUUAGAUAGCUGAAUAAGUAUGGCUUCAGAAAAGUCAAUAUCAAGAAAGAUGAGCAUAUAUUCUAUCAUCCAAUAUUUAGAGCAGACAAUAAAAGUAUGCUUCAUACAAUAAAAAGAAAAAGAAAAGGAAAGGAUUAGCAGGCAUAAGACUUUGAUUAAAAGCUUAGAGCUGAGAUACUAAAGUAAGAAGAGUUUAAAACUCUCACCGGAAUUGAUGCUCCUUAUUCAACAUAAUUGCUUCAAGAGCACGUAGAGACGAUAUAGCAGAGAUUCAAGACUUUGAAUCAGGAUGUAAUUGCUUUAUUCAAUUUAUUGGUGUAUAGUUAGAAUAAAUUAACCAGAGAUAUUUCCACUCAAUGGAACACUUAAAAAUUAUAGAUUCCAAGCAAAAAUAUAAUAAUUCAAAUCUUACUAGGACUUUCAAUCAACUGUAUUUUUUAGUAGCAUAUCUCAAAUAAUUAUAGAAAUUACGAACUAAAAUAGGAAAUCAUUAAUUUACGAGCACAUAUUGAUUAAAGAGGAUUAAAGGAUUUGAGAGAAUAUAGAACAAGACAAAAUUUCCAAAGUAAUAUUAAGUAGUUAAUAUUUUAGAUGUGA